AUGUCGUACAACGUUCAAGUUCGGGUCUUCCAGUCCGACCAUAAGACCUUCUUCUACACUGUUGAGCAGGGCGUCUGGAAGUACGCCAAUGGCGGCACUUGGGUACCGCACAACGGCGGCCAGAGACUUACCAUGGGUGGCAGUGGUACUUCUGGCAUGCUUCGCUUCCUAGCAGACGUCGGCAAGGAGAUUUUUGUCAUCGCUGUGGGCAUACACAAUAACAAGCCAUGGUGCGACAUUGUCGCCAACGUUGUCCCAGGCAACACGGCCGUUGCGAUUUUGGCCGAGUACUACAAUGACCAAGACCCGGCGAGGGUCAAGGCUAGAGAGGCGCAGAGGAGCAAGUGGUCGGCGAAGAACAACGAAGGAAGGACCAUUGAAGCCAGCUUUAGAUCUACUGAGGGACAUGACCUCAACCUGGACAUUACUAUUGGCUCGACGUAA